AUGCGGAGCCGCGCCCUGCGCACCUCACGCGUGCUGAUGGCGCCCCGAGUGGAGCUUUACACGGCGUAUGAGCUGUCGCCGCUGCAACAGAAGGUGCGAGAGGCCAACCAGAAGGGCACCUACGGACCCGUGCCCAAGCGCUGCGUGGUUACCGGGGGCCUGGGCUUCGUUGGCCAACGCCUCGUGGAGAGCCUGGUAGAGCGGGGUGCCGAGCAGGUGGUUUCCUUCGACAUCGUCCCGCCGCCGGCCAACGUUUGGAAGCACGAGGCGAUUAAGUACAUCACUGGUGACUUGUGCGACCUCGAAGCCGUCGUAGAAGCGACCAAAGGUGCUGACUGUGUGUGGCACAACGCCGCUGCGGUUGGGCCCUUCUUGCCCAAGCACUUCUACAAGAAUGUCAAUGUGAUCGGGACCCGCAACGUCCUAGACGCCUGCAAGAAGAAUGGAGUGCGGAAGAUGGUUUUCUCCGCGACGCCUUCCUCGCGGUUUACGUGCACCGACGAUGUGGAUGGCCAGACGGAGGCGCAGAUGCCGGACAUCCCUCAGGAGCGGUAUGUGGCGGAGUACUCUGCCACCAAGGCGGAGGGCGAGCUGGAGCUCCGGAAGGCGUGCAAGGCCGGGGAGAUCCUCUUCGUGGCAGUUGCACCGCACACUGUUUAUGGGCCACGCGACAACCUCUUCCUGCCCAACCUCCUGGAAGCUGCCGGCGUGGGGAAGCUCCGCAUCUUCGGCAGCGGCACCAGCCGUGUGGGGUACACCCAUGUGGACAACUAUUGCCAUGGGCUGAUCAUUGCAGAGAAGCAGCUAUACGAGAACGGUCCGCACUUGGGCAAAUUCUAUGUUUGCACGGAUGGCGCCACUCAUCCGCACCCGGAGGGCUACAGCGUGUUCUGGGAGGAGUUGGACCAGGCCGUGGUGGGCAUGGGCUUCGAUUCCUUGUACAGCAAAAUGGCGGUCCCGUUUUUCCUCCUGAGGAUCAUCGCCUUCAUUUGCGACGCCAUCGGCGCUGUGACUGGCAAGAAGCUGAAGCUGGGCUGGUUCACCCUACGCAUGCUCACCAUGCACAGGUGGUUUCGCAUCACAGCGGCGCAAAAUGACUUGGGCUACCAGCCCGUGGUCUCCUACCGGGAAGGAUGGCCCGAUACCAUCGAGUGGUUCAGGAACAAGUGGCUGCCCACCUUUGACCCCAAGACUGCCUCGGGGGCCACCGGCGGUGUAGCGCAGCAGACGCAGGACAAGGUGAAGAUCCAGAACGAUCGCAUGAUGAAGUGA